CAACCUUCAACAUGGCUACUGUUAACCCGGCAACAUCGGCAUCGGCUACAUUGUCAGCUUUGGACAUUCACCAGGCGAGAUCUUGUGGAAAUGCUAGUGCUGCUUCACAACAGAGACAUAGUUCGCCACCAACAGUAGUUGUUCUCAGUGCUUCAUCGCAAAUAAGUACUCCAGUUACAGCUGUGCCAAGUAACACCCUCCCAAUCGCGAGUGUCGCCAAUUCGACCCUGAAGAAGAGUGGCGGCGUUGAAUACUGCCUUGAAAGUUCAGAUUCGGAUGUAGUGGCGUCAGACGCAGUACAGCCGGGUGUACAGCCCGACUACGUUCAGUAUGUAGAGAGUGCGUCUGAGCAGGACAUAUAUUCUUCAACAAAUGGCCAGACGUCCUAUCCUGUUUACACUGUUGAAGAGCCUGAAAAGAUGUAUGCACCAGUUUCGGAACCAUAUUAUAAUGAUAGCACAGCUGCUGUUCCAUACAAUCAGGUAGCUGGCAGUGUUGGACAGGGUUCAGGAAACAAUCAGUUGUUAGCUCAGCAAAGUAGCUCAUAUCUGAUACAGGAAAGUAUUGAAUCAGAUACUGCACAUUCAUUAAUUACACCACAACAUAAUAAUACUCAGUCAAUAAAUUCUGAUUCUGGUGGUGUGACUUACUUGAUAUCUGGUAACAGUGGUAUGGAAAGUGAUGGACAAGAUGCCCAUUCACAUAACACACGAGCUACACCAGCAACUGUACAUUGGCUUCUGGAUAAUUAUGAAACUGCAGAGGGAGUAAGUCUGCCUCGUUCAACACUGUAUAAUCAUUAUCUUUAUCAUUGUAAUGAGCGCAAACAAGAUCCUGUUAAUGCUGCUUCAUUUGGAAAAUUGAUACGCUCAAUUUUUCUUGGCCUGAGAACGAGACGCCUAGGAACCCGAGGAAAUUCCAAGUAUCAUUAUUAUGGUAUACGUAUCAAACCGAACUCUAUUUUAAAUCAACUGUUUGAGGAUGGGACAUCAGUUGCUGUUCGACCACAAACAGGAUCUCAAAAACGUUUCAAGUUCCUUUCGGGGUCAGGCCAGAAAAGCACAGAGUAUGAACAGUCUUCGCAUCACACUUCUUUAGGUCACUGCCAGGAACUACACAAGCACCAUGAAUUUUUAGGUGAUAGUACAUCUGCAAUUCCAGAUUUUCCUGAAAUAGAAAUGUCAAAUGUUGUUUUACCUGAGGAAUGUACACUUGAAGAUGUUGAUACGCUUCGCAGUAUUUACAGAGAACAUUGUGAAGCCUUUUUAGAUGCUAUUCUUAACUUGGAAUUUCCAACUAUUGAAAGUCUUUGGAGGGAAUUUUGGAGAACUCAAGAUGAUAAUAAUGGGGAUGAAUGUGAAGAAGAGAGAUACUUAUCGAAAACAAAGCUGUUCAUCUUGUGUAAAUUGGAACCUAUACAACAAUUUGUCAGAGUUGUAGAUUAUAGAUUUUAUCAAAAUUUAGUAUAUGUUCUGAUACCAGAUGUCCUUCGCCCAAUUCCGAGCUCCCUUACCCAAGGCAUUCGCAAUUUUGCAAAAAGUCUAGGAACUUGGUUGACAUCUGCCAUGGCUGGAUGUCCAAGUGACAUAGUUCAAAUCAAAAUGGCUGCAGCAAAUGCAUUUGCACAAACUUUACGUCGCUACACAUCUUUAAAUCAUUUGGCACAGGCUGCACGUGCCGUACUUCAGAACUCGUCACAGAUAAACCAAAUGCUGGUAGACUUAAAUCGUGUAGAUUUCCACAAUGUUCAGGAUCAAGCAUCAUGGGUGUGUGAAUGUGAUAAUGGUGUUGUACAAAGACUGGAAGCAGACUUCAAAAUGACAUUGCAGCAGCAAAACUCACUUGAACAAUGGGCAGCUUGGCUGAAGGGUGUUGCAACUCAGGUGUUAAAACCUUAUGAAGGAAGACCAAACUUUACAAAAGCAGCAAGACAGUUUCUGCUGAAAUGGUCCUUUUAUAGUUCAAUGGUAAUAAGAGAUCUGACACUCCGAAGUGCAGCCAGCUUCGGUUCAUUUCACCUUAUACGUCUGUUGUAUGAUGAAUACAUGUUCUUUCUGAUUGAACAUCAAGUUGCACUGCAGACAGGAGAAACACCAAUUGCUGUCCUUGGUGAAAAGCUUCAUAGCUCAUCUGAUAUAAGUGGUUAUUUACAGAUCAAUGCACUAAAUGUGGAAUAGUGAUACAACUGGCUGAGAAAAGAGUGAUUCAGCAAUAUGAAAUGCUGCCACUUCAGCUACUAUUCAUUGGUGGCUUCACUAAAUCGUAUACUGUGCAUAAAUCUGUAAAAGACAAGUUCCUCUUGCCAUUGUUGUGCAAUGAUAUAUUUAUUGACCUGUAGAGUACAUGGUGGUUCAGUUAGAGUGUUCUCUUACUUCAUGUUUUUCAAAUUCAGUUUAUUUACAUUUAAUUUCUUUCAUAGGUCAUCCCAUUUUUAAAUUAGGAUUCACUUGGAAACAGACUUCCAGAAUAUUUGGCCAUUCAUAUCUUUCUUCAUGCUUUACUGUUCAGAUGCUACUGCUAGUUAUAAAAUGUUUAUGGAUGCUGUUGAAUUACUGUUACCUGCAUCUGGGGAAACAGCAGGUUACUGUGCAAUGCGAAUGUGUUGAAAUGACUUGUAUGAUUUAUGUGACUGUGUUAUGAUGGAAUUUAUGCAGGCAUGUAUUUUAUGUCAGUGUGUCACUAUACUUAUUCAUUAGGGAAAUACAAGUCUUGAAAUCAUUACAUAAAGAGUAUUUCUGUUCACCAGGGUUAACUUUUUCUCUCUUGCCCUUGUAGCGAAUCAUUUUUAGUUCCUCAAUUUACUAAGGUAAUCGUACUGUUAACAGUGUAUGUCUUUAAAGGUAGUAUGAAUAAACCUUUGUCAGUACUAUAUAUAUCAGUGUUAUGUGUUUAAAUCCAUGUGGAAUCAAAAUAUUAAGAGAAAAGCAAUUCCUUCAGCUUCUUGGUAGAAGUCUGUUUUUGUGUGUGUGUGUGUGUGUGUGUGUGUGUGUGUGUGUGUGAAGUAAUGAGUUUUCUGUGUUACAAGUUGCAUUUCUCUUAAGCAGAGUAUAAUGAACAAUGGUUUAUUGUGCUGGUCACUGUUAUUUGUUAAGUGUAUCUAUAUAUUGGUGUGAUAACUGUCCACAGAACUUCAUGUGUACUUGUGUGUAUGUAUGUGUUCCGGUGGUAAUUUUGUUUACCAGAGAGAAUUUUGUCUUUACCUGUAGUACGUAGAGAAUUAACUUACUGUAAAAGUUAAGCUCAGUAAUGCAUUUAUUAUGUGUAUUCAGCUUCUAAGUCACAUGUCUGAUGAUAAUGACAAAUAUUAUUUGAAAUUGGGAGACAUCUUAAUUUUGACGAAGUUUCAUGUUCAGAUCUAUAUGUUAGCAAGUGAAUAAUGUGAUACUUAUUGCACCAUUCCAUACAAAAUCUGUGCUGAUUUACUGAAAGCCAUUUAAAUUCUCCAGGAAACAUAAAGGAUUUGACCACAAACACUGAUUUAUUUAUGGAAUGCAAUCCAUUGGCAAUUUUAUGAUUGUUACUUCUGUAAUAUAAGACAUAAAUUAUACAAUAGUCUCUCUCUUGUUAGACAGAAAACAAAUCAGAACUUCCAUAAGUUUUCUGGCACAUGAAUUUUGAUUCCCAUAACACAGUUUCUACAUUGAAAAAUAAGCAGAAAUGUGAUCUUUUAUUUACAUUAAUGCAUAAGUCUUUUUAUAUUUAUUUGGGAAAGCACUCAGAUAAAUAAGUUAAAAAGUUGAUGCAUUAUUUAGUCAUUGUAAAUGUAGUAGUUGCUCAGAGAAUGCUGUACAUUCAAAAUGUUUAAUUUCAUUUCUUCUCCAAUGUAAAUAUUUUGUUCUGUUUUUGAAGUGUUCGGUUGUUGCAUUUACUUCAGAAAAGUUAUUUAUUUAAUAUAUAUGGAGUUCAUACGAAACUCUCAUAGUAUGCAUGUGCGUGCCUUCAUAAGGUGUGUGAAAUAAAGUGUGUCUUGUGCAAAUUAUUUAUUCUCUGCAUUAAAUUUUUAUUGUAAAUCAAAAUGCAAAGCAUGUAGCAAUGGUAAUGAAGUAACUGUUAAAAGUUUGAGGUAAUAGAAGACAUACUGUUUUAUAGAUGGUAACAGACUGUGUGAAAGUUGGGGGGGACAACAAAUUGCCACAGUGUGCAUGAUCCUAGUUCAUUGCAGCUUUGACUUCCCUUUUCGUAACUUUGCAUGCAUUCUAUUAGGCACUAUAAUUUUGUAAUUAUUUAGGAAUUGUGCUAUGUGCUAUACUGAAACACUGUAUCUAUUUCCUGUGUAUGUCCAGCACUAUUUUUCAUCACUCUUGCAUAAGUAUCUGCCUUGUUAAAACACUGAUAAUGCAUAGUUAGGCCCUAGAUAUUGUUGUGUGUGACAUUUUUGUAGUAAUGAGUAGGCUAUAAUAUAUUCCCACUCCUCCUGCCCCCUUCACAAUAUUUUUGUUUUUUGAUUUGACAUACUUUCACUGAAGAGUUCUACAAGGUAAAAAAUUAGUGUGUUAUGUUGUAUUACAUCUGUUAUUAAAUAACUGAUUGUAAUUUUGAGCCCUUGUGCCUAUUUCUUGUAUUCAUUAGGGCUAAUUAAUUAAGCCAUUUAAUUUAUGAAGCAAGAUCACCAAAAUGUUGGUUUCCAUAUUUAAAGGGUUCUGUACUCAUUUCAGUCUUCAAACCAAAGAAAUUAAAUUCUGUUCAGUUCUGAUUCUUUUAAUGAGCUGUGAAUGAGAUGCAAAGGUGACCAGCUUUAUAUGAUGCUACCGGUUUAUAACCUGCUCCCUCAACUGAAGUACUCAAAUUACAAAAAAUGAUGUAAAAGAGAAAUUAAUAUUUUUGAUGUUGUUUGUCUUCUGCAACGAUAAAGCACUUUCAUAAUUAAUUUAUUGAAUGGUGGAUAUUUAUGUAAUCAAAGAGCAAAGUUGUAUGAUUGUAGUAUGCUGCAUCAUACUACUGACCUCUUUAAUGUGUCACACAAUUUAUUCUUGUGAAUAGAUUUUGACAGUGACCUCAUUAGUCAAGCAAGAAAUAUUGAUUCAUUGUGCUCCCAGUGCUUGUAACUGUGUAUGUACGUUUAUCUAGUCAUUAUUUUUUAUAAGUCAAGAAUGAAUGGUCUGUGUUUUGACCACAUGUCAUUUUUCUUUUUUCCAUUAUGGUGUAAUUUUUC